AUGAUGAAUGUUGAUCAAAAUCAGAGUUCUGAGAUUACAUUCAUCCUGUUAGGAUUUUCUGAUUACCCAUAUCUUCAAGGAUUCAUCUUCUUUGUAUUCCUGGUUAUCUAUGUGGUCACAGUGAUAGGAAAUCUCAUGAUGAUUUUCAUUAUUUGGAUAACACCUAAACUCCACACUCCCAUGUACUUUUUCCUCAGUAACUUGUCCUUUGUGGAUUUCUGUUACUCUACUACCAUUACACCCAAAUUGUUGGAAAUAUUAGUUGUAGAAGAUAGAGCCAUCUCUUUCCUGAGCUGCAUAACACAAGUAUUUCUUACAGCCACCUGUGUGGUAACUGAGGCUGUCUGGUUGGCAGUGAUGGCCUAUAACCGUUUUGUGGCCAUAUGUAAUCCCCUGCUAUAUACAGUUAUGAUGUCUCAAAAAAUCUAUAUUCUUUUAGUGACUGUGGCAUAUUCAUGGGAAAUAUUAUUAUUAUCUUCUAUUGCAUUCACUUACUCUCUUCUUGUGUUAUCAUUUUGUAGAACUAACAUAAUUAAUAAUUUUUUCUGUGAAUAUUCCACCAUCUUUUCUGCGUCCUUCUCUGAUAAACAACUUACAGAAAUAAUCCUUUUUAGCCUCACAAAUUUUAAUACAUUUAGCACACUCUUGAUUAUCCUCACAUCAUAUCUUUUUAUCGUAGUCACCAUCAUGAAGAUGCCAUCAACCAGUGGGAGACAUAAAGCUUUCUCUACCUGUGCUUCUCAUUUCACAGCUGUUAUUAUUUUCUAUGGGGCCAUUCUUUUUCUGUACUGUGUACCCAAUUCCAAAAGCUCAUGGCUCCUAAUCAGAAUUAGCACUGCUUUUUAUUCAGUAGUGAUUCCUAUGCUUAAUCCUCUAAUAUAUAGCCUGAGAAACAAAGAUGUAAAAGAAACUGUUAAGAAAUUAAUGGACCACAAAAUAUGUUCACAGUAG